AUGACAGGCGACGCCGGUGUCAUGGUGGUGCGUGUGUGGGUCGCGUGCUCGACGCUGAUGAUGGCCUACCUGCCGUCUCUCUUCGUGCGUCGGAUCUACAGCGCGAAAGACACUGGCGCCGCCUCUAUCAUCCCCCUGCUCUCGCUCCUGGUCAACUCACACGUGUGGCUAAUGUAUAGCUACAUGUACAAGACGUGGUUCCCCAGCUUCCCGGUCUUCCUCACGGGCGACAUCGCCGCCCUCUGCUACCUCUCCAUCUACUGGCGGUUCUCCUCCGAGAGACGGCGAGUCGGUCGAACCAUCGGCGCAGUGUUUGCUGUAUUGGCGAUACCUUCCAUCUACGUGAUCGUCGGCGGCUUGGGCUAUACGGGCCAGACACGAACAGAGGUGGGCAAGACCGAGGGAUACAUUUGCGACGCUGCUGUGGUAACCCUGCACUUGGUCAUGCUCAAGAAUCUCGUCAACGUUGUCAAGACAAGAUCGGCAGCAUCGCUUAACCUGCGAACUUUGAUAGUGGGCACGGUGAACACGUACGGCUGGUUCACGUAUGGCAAAGUGACUUCAAACUGGAUCAUCAGCGGGCCGCACGUCCUCGUCAUGAUCCUUCACACGGCCGCGCUGAUUCUGUAUGCUGCAUUGAAGCCUAGCUCCCACUUGGUAGCCACCAGCGGCGGUGCAUCAAUCGGACCGGGCGAGGCUCCAGUCGUCGUCUCGAUCGAGCUGUCGCCGAAGGUUGCUGUUGACGUGCGUACAAAAGCAGCAGCCAGUAGUCCUGAGUAUCAUAGCCUGCCAUCACCGAUCGCAUCGUUGCAGCGAUAG